CUGUGAGUCUCAGAGUCUCUCUGUGAGUCUCUCUGUGAGUCUCUCUGUGAGUCUCAGAGUCUCCCUGUGAGUCUCAGGAUCGAUCCGAGUCGGCCUUGGGGAGCACGUGGUACCUGGCACCUGCAUGCAUCAAGGCUGAGCAGCAGGAGCCAGAGCGGCGCGAGUUUGUGGUCAGGCGACCUCCUGGUCACAGAAUGCUCGGCCACGGGAACCUGGAGACCGCCCAGCCGGCGGCGACUCGCUCCAACGUCGUGGGCCGCUUUGCGGGGGCCCCGGCGGCCCCCCUCGCCGACGGCCCCGGGGGCCACCCGAACGGGGCUCCCCCAGGGACCCCCGGGACCCCGCCUGGCCCCCCCCCGCCGCGCUCACGGCUCGGCCGCUGCUGCGAUUGGUUCUUCUGCUGCCGCUGCGGGUCUCGAGCCGCGGGGGGCCCCGGCGGUGGUCGUGGGGGGCCCGGCGUGGCUGGGGAGGUGGAGAUGAAGCCCAGGGAGCCCCCCGCGACACCCGGAGGCCCUGGGGUGCCGCCGAUGCCCUCAGCGGAUGAGGACCCCGCCGGGGAGCCCACGCCUGUGGACCCGGUUACAGGCGUGUCCCGGCUGGAGGCUCUGUGGGUCGACGCAGGCGGCCGUGGCGGCGGGGGGCCGGGGGCCUGGAACCGCGCGCGUCACCGCAGCGCGGAGUACGCCGCUGGUCACGUGGUCACGCGCAGGGGGGGCCCCGUCCUGCUGCACGCGGCCUUCUCUCGCACUCCCACGGACGGCGUGGACCGCGUCUCCGUGGAGCUCGAGAUCGGCUCCCACCCACAGCUGAACAAGGGCACCCAUCUGAUUUUCCCCGUGGAGACACGAGCCGCCGGCGAGGGAGACGUCGCCGCCUCCUCCUCCUCCUCCGCCGCCGCCUCCUCCUCCUCCACCGCCUCCUACGACGACGACACCGACUGCACCUCGGGCGCUUGGUGGGCUUCCGGCGGGCUGACAGAGGCCGGCGGGGCCAAUGGGAGGAACAGGGCCCUGUGGCUCCGCGUGCGGGCAGACUGCCUCGUGGGGAAGUGGCGCCUCUUCGUGUCCACGCAAGGACCCGCCGGCAGCCACCGCUCGGCGCGCAGGGAGGAAAGCGACAUCUACAUCAUCUUCAACGCAUGGUGUCCCGAGGACGCGGUGUUCAUGGAGGUGGAGGCGUGGCGGAGGGAGUACGUGCUGGCCGACACCGGGAGGAUCUACUACGGCACGGAGCAGCAGAUUGGAUCACGUCCCUGGAACUACGGACAGUUUGAGAAGGACGUGUUAGAGGCGAGUGUGAUGAUCAUGGACCGCGCGUCUCUGCCCCUGGCUGGGAGGGGCUGCCCCGUUAAAGUCGUGCGGAUUGUCUCCGCCAUGGUGAACUCUCUGGAUGACGACGGCGUGCUGGAGGGCAACUGGUCUGGCGACUAUGGCGGGGGCACCGCUCCUACGGCGUGGAACGGCAGCGUGGACAUCCUGCAGCAGUUUGCACGCUCGCGAUCGCCCGUUCGCUACGGGCAGUGCUGGGUCUUCAGCGGGGUCACCACCACGGUCCUGCGGAGUGUGGGCAUCCCCACGCGCAGCGUCACCAACUUUGCGUCUGCCCACGACACCGACACCAGCCUCACCACUGACGUCUACCUCGACGACGACCUGCAGCCAAUCGCAGAGCUCAACACCGACUCUGUCUGGAACUUCCACGUGUGGAACGACUGCUGGAUGACGAGGCCAGACCUCCCUGAGGGCCUCGGUGGCUGGCAGGCCGUGGACGCCACGCCGCAGGAGACGAGCUCCGGCGUGUUUUGCUGUGGUCCCGCGUCCGUGGCAGCGGUGCGGAAUGGCCUCGUCUACCUGACGCACGACACUCCCUUCGUCUUCGCGGAGGUGAACAGCGACCGGAUCUUCUGGCUGCGCAGUGCGGACGGCACGGUGAAGCGGCUAGAUGUGGAGCGCCGGGCCAUCGGCCACUGCAUCAGCACCAAGGCGGUGGGCAGUGACACGCGGGAAGACAUCACUCACCUGUACAAGUUCCCCGAAGACACCGAGGAGGAGCGUCUGGCGGUAGAGACGGCGUGUCUGCACGGCUCCCGCCCAGACACGUACCGUGGCUCGCCCAGUUCUCCCGACGUGACCCUGGCCAUCAGCACCCACGAGAGAGUCGUCAUGGGCCACGACUUUGACGUGUCGGUGACGGUGAGCAGCACGGCGGUGAGUGAGCGUCAGGUGAGCGUGUUUGUGCGCGGGGCGGUGAUGCACUACACCGGAGUGACACGUGGGGAGGCCAUCAAGCAACUCAAGCUGGACGUGACACUGCAGCCUGGGGAAGAGCGUGUGCUGACGGUGACCGUGCGUCAGGGCGAGUAUCUGGAGCGCCUGGUGGACCAGAGCGCCGUCAUGUUCCUGGUGUCGGCACGCGUCAACCCCGGCAACGCCAUCCUCACGCGGCAGCACUGCUUCCGCUUGUGCACGCCCAAGCUGCUCGUCACCUGUGCUGAUGAGUGCCGUGUGGGAGAGCCUCUGACGGUGGAGGUGGUGAUGGUGAUGAUGUUGUUGUUGUUGUUGAUGGUGAUGUUGAUGUUGAUGGUGAUGUUGAUGUUGUUGUUGUUGACACUCAGUGUGCUGAAGAGUGCCGUGUUGGAGAGCCUCUGACGGUGGAGGUGGUGAUGGUGAUGAUGUUGUUGUUGUUGACACUCAGUGUGCUGAUGAGUGCCGUGUGGGCGAGCCUCUGACGGUGGAGGUGGUGAUGGUGAUGAUGUUGUUGUUGUUGUUGAUGGUGAUGUUGAUGGUGAUGUUGUUGUUGUUGUUGACACUCAGUGUGCUGACGAGUGCCGUGUGGGAGAGCCUCUGACGGUGGAGGUGGUGAUGGUGAUGUUGAUGUUGGUGUUGUUGAUGGUGAUGUUGGUGAUGUUGUUGUUGAUGGUGAUGGUGUUGUUGAUGUUGUUGUUGUUGUUGACACUGCAGUGUGCUGACGAGUGCCGUGUGGGAGAGCCUCUGACGGUGGAGGUGGUGAUGGUGAUGUUGAUGUUGGUGUUGUUGAUGGUGAUGUUGGUGAUGUUGUUGUUGAUGGUGAUGGUGUUGUUGAUGUUGUUGUUGUUGUUGACACUGCAGUGUGCUGACGAGUGCCGUGUGGGAGAGCCUCUGACGGUGGAGGUGGUGAUGGUGAUGUUGUUGUUGAUGAUGUUGUUGUUGACACUCAGUGUGCUGACGAGUGCCGUGUGGGAGAGCCUCUGACGGUGGAGGUGGUGAUGGUGAUGUUGUUGACACUCAGUGUGCUGAUGAGUGCCGUGUGGGAGAGCCUCUGACGGUGGAGGUGGUGAUGUUGAUGUUGUUGUUGUUGACACUCAGUGUGCUGACGAGUGCCGUGUGGGAGAGCCUCUGACGGUGGAGGUGGUGGAUGUUGU